AUGCUUCCCGCCGUCGUCGCGGCGCUCCUCCUAGUGGCAGCGGCCGCCUCCCCGGCCGCCGCACUCUACUCCGCCGGCUCCCCCGUCCUCCAGCUCAACCCCAACAACUUCAAAUCGAAGGUGCUGAACUCGAACGGCGUGGUGCUGGUUGAGUUCUUCGCGCCGUGGUGCGGGCACUGCAAGCAGCUGGCGCCCGCCUGGGAAAAGGCUGCCGGCGUGCUCAAGGGCGUCGCCACGGUCGCAGCGCUCGAUGCCGAUGCGCACCAGGCGCUCGCGCAGGAAUAUGGAAUCAAGGGAUUUCCCACUAUUAAGGUGUUUUCCCCUGGUAAACCUCCAGUCGAUUAUCAAGGAGCAAGAGAUGUAAAGCCAAUCGUAGAGUUUGCUCUGUCACAGGUCAAGUCCCUUCUUAGAGAAAGGUUGAGUGGUAAGGCAUCAGCAGGGUCAAAUGGCAAGACAUCUGGAGGUUCAAGUGAGAAAAGUGAACCAAGUGCAUCAGUAGAAUUAAAUUCACAUAACUUCGAUGAACUCGUUGUCAAAAGCAAGGACCUUUGGAUUGUGGAAUUCUUUGCGCCAUGGUGUGGGCACUGCAAGAAAUUGGCACCUGAAUGGAAAAAGGCUGCAAAGAACUUGAAGGGCCAAGUGAAGCUAGGCCAUGUUGAUUGUGAUGCUGAAAAGUCCUUGAUGAGCAAGUACAAGGUGGAAGGUUUUCCAACUAUUUUGGUAUUUGGUGCUGAUAAGGAGAGCCCAUUCCCCUACCAGGGGGCUAGAGUUGCAUCUGCCAUUGAGUCCUUUGCAUUGGAGCAGUUGGAAGCCAACUCUGGCCCAGCUGAAGUUUCUGAGUUGACUGGCCCGGAUGUCAUGGAAGAGAAGUGCGCUUCUGCUGCCAUUUGUUUUGUAUCAUUCCUUCCAGACAUUCUUGAUUCAAAGGCAGAAGGAAGAAACAAGUACCUUGAGCUUCUGCUCUCUGUUGCUGAGAAGUUUAAAAAGAGUCCAUACAGUUUUGUCUGGACAGCUGCUGGCAAGCAAGGUAAUCUUGAGAACCAGGUUGGAGUGGGCGGCUACGGCUAUCCCGCCAUGGUAGCUCUCAACGUGAAGAAAGGUGCAUACGCACCACUCCGUAGUGCCUUCCAGCGCGACGAAAUCAUCGAGUUUGUGAAGGAAGCAGGGCGUGGUGGAAAGGGAAAUCUUCCUCUGAACGAUGCACCUACAGUAGUCACGUCCGAGCCGUGGGACGGCAAAGAUGGAGAGGUCAUUGAAGAGGAUGAAUUCUCCCUUGACGAGCUCAUGGGCGACAGCUCCUCAGUAAACGAUGAGUUGUGA